GACUCUACACCGGAUGUACGUCUGCUUGCCUGCAGCAGCGCAGUCUUUACAACUAUUUCCCCCAACUUGAGUUCGAGCAGCUCGGGCAGUGUAGACGCCUGUCCGGAUGGGGGACAAACCGCUCACCUAAUCCGUGUCACUCCUCUUGACACGACCCGCAGUCGGGCAUGUAGCUACGCGUAUUUCCUCUACGUCUGUGUUUUUCUGUUAAAAAAUGGGCUCCGGUGGAGAGUGUAUUGGAAGGGAUCUAAUUGUGAGAGCAUUACGUUGCAUGCACAGUCAGCGUGAUUUGCUAUGGUGAUACUACAAGAAGCUAACCCCGAGCUAGCCCAGGGAUCGUUUUUGGGAGAUACCUUUUAUUGGACAAAGCUACAUGCUAACGUGUGAAUUAGACACUUUUUGUUAAUCUUCAUUAAAGUGGAAUAGCAAAAGGGAAUGUCGAACCAAGGAGUAAGGAGAAAUGGCCCAGUAAAGCUGCGGUUGACAGUCCUCUGUGCAAAAAACCUGGCAAAGAAAGACUUCUUUCGGUUGCCGGAUCCUUUUGCUAAAGUGGUAGUGGACGGUUCUGGACAAUGCCACUCAACAGAUACUGUGAGAAAUACUCUUGAUCCAAAGUGGAAUCAACAUUAUGAUCUCUACAUCGGAAAGUCAGACUCCAUUACCAUCAGUGUCUGGAAUCACAAGAAGAUCCACAAAAAGCAGGGCGCGGGAUUCCUCGGCUGCGUCCGGCUCCUGUCCAACGCCAUCAACAGACUCAAAGACACGGGCUAUCAGAGACUGGACCUGAAUAGGCUGGGCCCCAACGACAACGACACCGUAAGAGGACAGAUAGUAGUGAGUCUUCAGUCCAGAGAUCGAAUCGGAUCCGGGGGACCAGUGGUAGACUGCAGCCGCCUGUUUGACAACGAUUUGCCCGACGGCUGGGAAGAGAGGAGGACAGCAUCUGGGAGGAUACAGUACCUGAACCACAUCACCCGCACCACGCAAUGGGAGAGACCCACCAGGCCGGCGUCGGAGUACUCCAGCCCAUCGGGGCGUCCGCUGAGCUGCGUGGUGGACGAAAACACGCCGGUGGUGACUCCUGUCAACGGGGCCGUGGCCAGCGGACCUCCGGGCGAACAGCGCGUCCAGGAGCGGCGGGUUCGAUCGCAGCGGCAUCGGAACUACAUGAGUCGGACACACCUGCAUACGCCGCCCGAUCUGCCUGAGGGCUACGAACAAAGAACCACCCAGCAGGGCCAGGUGUAUUUCCUCCACACACAGACCGGAGUCAGCACCUGGCACGACCCCCGAGUGCCCAGGGACUUAAGCAAUGUGAACUGUGAGGAGCUGGGGCCACUGCCUCCAGGCUGGGAGAUCAGGAACACCGCCACCGGCCGCGUCUACUUUGUUGACCACAACAAUCGAACGACACAGUUCACAGAUCCACGACUGUCUGCCAACCUGCAUCUAGUGCUCAACAGCCCGAGUUCAAAUGGUUCCCGCGAGGCCCCGGACAGCCAAAACACUAACCUCAGUCAUCCACCACAGCUAAAGGACCAGGGUGGUCCCGGAGUCCCUCCGCAGGCUCUGUCUCCUGCUCAGCUGCCGGAAGAGGCGGAGUGUCUGACGGUGCCCAAGUACAAGAGAGACCUGGUGCAGAAGCUGAAGAUCCUCCGGCAGGAGCUCUCACAGCAGCAGCCGCAAGCCGGCCACUGCCGCAUCGAGGUCAGCCGGGAGGAGAUCUUCGAGGAGUCGUAUCGACAAGUGAUGAAGAUGCGUCCGAAGGAUCUUUGGAAAAGACUGAUGAUAAAAUUCAGAGGAGAAGAGGGACUGGACUAUGGAGGAGUCGCUCGGGAAUGGUUAUACCUGCUGUCGCACGAGAUGUUGAACCCAUAUUACGGCUUGUUCCAGUACUCCAGAGACGACAUCUACACCCUACAGAUUAACCCAGACUCUGCUGUCAACCCAGAACACCUGUCGUACUUCCACUUUGUGGGCCGCAUCAUGGGCAUGGCGGUGUUUCACGGCCACUACAUCGACGGAGGCUUCACGUUGCCGUUUUACAAACAGCUGCUUGGGAAACCAAUCACGCUGGACGACAUGGAGUCUGUCGACCCCGACCUCCACAACAGCCUCGUCUGGAUCCUGGACAAUGACAUCACUGGGGUCCUGGACCACACCUUCUGCGUGGAGCACAACGCUUACGGAGAAAUCAUCCCGCAUGAGCUGAAGCCCAACGGGAAGAGCAUCCCGGUGACGGAGGACACCAAGAAGGAGUAUGUCAGGCUCUACGUGAACUGGCGUUUCCUCCAUGGCAUCGAGGCUCAGUUUCUGGCUCUCCAGAAGGGCUUCAACGAGGUCAUCCCACAGCACCUGCUCAAGGCCUUCGACGAGAAGGAAUUGGAGCUGAUCGUGUGCGGCCUGGGGAAGAUCGACAUCGCCGACUGGAAGUCCAACACUCGGCUGAAGCACUGCACCCCAGACAGCAACAUCGUCAAGUGGUUCUGGAAAGCCGUGGAGUCGUUCGACGAGGAGAGGAGGGCCCGGCUGCUGCAGUUUGUUACUGGCUCGUCCAGAGUCCCGCUGCAGGGCUUCAAGGCUUUACAGGGUGCAGCAGGACCCAGACUCUUCACCAUUCAUCAGAUUGAUGCCAACGCCAAUAAUCUGCCCAAAGCGCACACCUGCUUCAACCGGAUCGACAUUCCUCCCUACGAGAGCUACGACAAACUGUACGACAAGCUACUGACGGCGAUCGAGGAGACGUGCGGCUUCGCGGUGGAGUGAGCGCGCGCACGCCGGAUCGCACGUACGGGACUCUGAUGAAACGUCAUCGGCGCCGCAACGUGCCGGCUGGGUCGCCCCUCUCUGAGGAUCCGGCCUACAGUCUUCCUCUUCUCUCUUCCGUCAUCAUCAUCAUCAGUUCAGGCAGCACAGUCGUCGUUGCCAUGGUUGGACUUCUUGUUUUUGCAUUCAGACUAAACAGGAACAUCGAUCAAAUUCAGUUUAGGAAUCUUUGUUACUGGGAAAUUGCUUUAAUUAUAAUUUUUUUCCUUAAACACACAAGAUCAAAGACCAAGUAUUUCUCCGCCUGCAGUGUGACCGAAUCGUCGUUCCUCCUAACCCUCCCCUUCCUCGUGGCUGCAGAGCUGGUGCUGGAGCGCCGUCGAUUCAUCCUACCUCAGUGGAAAGUGUUCACAUUUGAAGUUACUCGUUCUAAAAUGCCAUCUUUAAAUUCAGACAGCGAUUCGUUUCUUCUCACCAGCAGUCAUUUUGUUAAUCUUUAUUAAAAAAGCAGAUUUAAUUCCUGAAACGUUUCGGCGGCCGCAUUUUUUCGUAAAGCAUAGUCGUUGCGUUGCUGAAGCCCUUAGAUUUUCUCCAGUUUUGUUGCAUUGCAGACAUGAAUAUGUAAAGUCAUACAUGAUUCCUAUUUUAUUCUAGAUACAACCCGGUGAAAUGUGGUGUGCGUUUACAUUCAGUCCUCCUCCGUCUCUAAAACCUUACCGACCCCCAUUUCACAUCAGGUACACCUGCAUGUGUUUUUGGGUCACACAACUUAAAUUCCUGCCUGUUUGUAAUUUCAAAUGAUCUCAUUCAUCAAAUAUUCUUCUGCCCAAAAAUCCCCCCAGCAUGAGGCUGCCACCACCGUGUCUCACCAUGUAGCUGAGAGGGGUUCUGGGUUUUGCAAGUAGCCCGAAAUGUUCAGUUCGUUUAGCUCGGAAAUACAGGUUGCCCCCGGCGACGGAUUGUUCCACCCGACCUGCUGGUCUCUGCGUCUCCUCCAGAGUCACCACAGGCCUCCUGGCUGUUGGUCAAAGUGGCAGCCAUGUUUAGGGAGGCUUGCAGAGGAUCGUUGUAAACGUGGGGGUCUUAUUUAUUCGGGUUGUUCACAAUAAAACGUGAAGGAGUGCAUAAAGUGCUGGGUUGUGAUCCAUUUCUCCUUUCUUUUUUUUAAAUUCAUUUUAAGACAUUCUCCUGGUAAAAUUGCGUCUUUAUUCUUCUAAUAUUGACUGCAGUCUCCAAAUCAAACAAACAUUCUCGUACGCCGUCAUAUGACUUUCAGAAGGCAUGAUUGAAAUAAAAGCCACUUUUUGAAAAAUGUAAUUCUUUUUUUUUUUUUUAAGAAAAAAAAACGCGGGGGGAAAAAAUCGAUCAGGUAUGACAAAGAAAAAAGAAAAGUGGGGUUUUAUUUCAAAGAAAUAUCGCCCAGCCCUAGUUAAACCAAGCCAAGAUGUGGAAAAAGUUCAAAGGUCAUGGCAUUACGGCAUCGUUUGCGAGGCCCUGCAUGUGUGUGUUAGUCUGUGUGUGUGUCCGUGUGCAGGCAGAUGUUAGUUUGUUGAACCGCAGAGCUGAUGAAACAACCCGCCCCGUCUGUCUGCAGCAGUGUGCAGGGGGAUACAAGUUAAAAACAAAAUGUUCAUUUUUUUUUGUUUUGUUUUGUUUCCCCAUCACAUAACGUUGGACUCUCUCUCUCUUUACACUUCAGAGCACUUUACAAACUGCGCAGCGACGGCCGGAGUGCCACUCUCAUGUCUGGAUUAAAGUAUAUCAUGUUUCCUUUUACGUGUGUGAGUGUGUGUGUGUGUGCAGCCAUGUUAGCUAAAACGCAGAUUUAGAAAGUAUCUAGAGACCUGUAAUUUGUAAGUAUAUAUGUACAAAGAUAUAGCUAUUUUGUAUAUUGUUGCUUGUUUUCUUUUUCGGUUUUAAUUGCACGCAUGUUAAUGUCUUUCACAGACCUCUUUGCAUUCUCAGGUGAAGUUAGCUUUUGUUUUUAAUUAUUAUUAUUAUUAUUAUUAUUAUUAUUAUUAUUAUUACAUUAGACUAAUAUGUGAAGAACCUAAAAUUGAGGAGCCCCUUCUCUCCCUCGUCGGCGGCCAUGAUCCAAAUAUUAACCUGUAGGUCACAAACUAAAGAUCUAAACAGUUUAGGUCGUUUUCUUUUGUCUUGUGCGUCAAGUUUGGUUCAAGUCUUGAGUUUUAGAUGCAAACUGUUAACCGGAUGGACGUUUGCGUUGUUUUACAGAUUACUAAUUUUUACAUACUCUUAUCACAGUUGAAUUUCAUAUGCAGACAUUUAUUUGCAGCCAUAUCAGAUGAGUUCGGAACAUUCUUGUGUAGUUUGAGAGAAUUUCUUUUUUCUUGUUUGUUUGUAUCCAUAUGCAGGCUCAAAUGUAAUAUCUAAAACUUCUUUCUAUUUACCGAAUAGUUACUGGACUGUUUUUUUUUUUUUUAUUGGAUUCUAAUCAUAUUUGCACACACACACAGUUGUAUGUUUGUCUACUUCUGCCCUUUUAAUAUUCUUUUGUCUGUUUUUUCCCCCCCCUUUGGUGCAGAAUUUUGCAGCAUUUAUAGCAACAAACCCAUACAUCCUGAUACAACAACUCAACAUAAACGCAGGCUUUGUUUAAAACUUUUUUUUAAUUUUUUUAUUGAUAGUUUACCUGUUCCAAACCACAGCAAGUCGUUGAAUGUUUAGUACACACAUCGCCCCGCGGUUUGAAACAAAUAAAACCUGAAUGCAACAUUGUGUACCUGCAUGUCUGUGUGGGCCCAGUAGGGCUGGAUUGAUUAAUCAAAGUGUAUGUGUAAAUUUUUAUUUUUUGGUGUGAGUUUUAGGAAUGUUGAUUUAUUUCAGCAAAAAAAAAGAAAGAAAGAAAAAAGAAAACAAAACUGUUUUUUAAGACAUUUAUACGGCUUAUUUACUUUGAUUUUUAUAUUUAUUUUAAUGGUAUACAUGUGUGCAUAGUUUCCACAUUAGCUGCUCUGUGAGUUUGUAACUUACACUUGUACAUAAGGACAAUAAAGACGCAAAGUAAGAAACUUCUUAUACCCUUGCAAAACACUGAGCAAUAAAAAAUAUGCUGUUUGAACCCGACAGCAGUAUGUUUUAUAGAA